AUGGCAGUCAAUGCAGGCAACAGAGUUGUGAUCGUUGGCUAUACUCGGUCGCUUCUGACACGUGAGUCAUUUAUCCGCGCAGGAGCAAACCGCGGCAUCGGCCUCAACCUCGCGCGCUCGCUCGCGUCUCGCGGUUGGAAUGUCACUGGGACGGUAAGGCCUCAGACAUUGAGUGACCCAUCAGUGAACGAUCUCAAACAGACUGGGGCACGAGUUUUGGCUCUUGAUUUUCUCGAUGAGGACUCGAUCAAGUCUGCCGCGCAAGACUAUGGGAGGGGCCCUCUUGAUGUGCUUGUCAACUGUGCAGGAACCGGUCCCGAGCCAGAUGAUUGGCACCAACACACGGCAGCAAUGCUGAUGGAAAAGUUUCACACCAACACUAUCCAAGUCCAGGGCCCGUUUCUCACGACCAAGUACUUCUAUCCCAACCUCAAGCUCGGAAGCGGACGUGUCUACAACCUCUCGUCCAGAGGAGCUAGUAUCUCCAAUAAUAUCCAGGGUCAGGAUCUGGCUUACCGUCUGUCAAAGACUGCCCUGAACCAACUGACAGCGACCAUGGCUGCUGAGUUCAAAAACAACGGGGAUGGAAUCGCUGUCAUUGCUGUUUACCCUGGCUACGUGGCCACCCGGCUCUCAAGCUUCAGAUCUCGUGACAACAUGGAAGAGUGCAUUGAAGGUGUUGUCCGUGUCAUUGAGACUACCGGCAUGAGCGAAACCGGAUCCUUCGUCAACUGGAAGGGAGAAACGAUGCCUUGUGAUGAGGCAUGCUGCAUUAGAGCCCGCGAGGAGAAUUCCUUUGUCUCCCCCAACAAUGGCAGCACCGCUCCUUUGGAUGACAUCGUCUGCGGACAGGUCUACAACGAGUCUUCUCCGGCCGCCCCUGACGCCUACAUCACUUACAACUUCUGCAAAAGCGAAUGCAGUGGCUGGGGUGUCUCGAGCGUCGGCAACGCAGACCAGUGGGCGGGGCCAAUCGUCCAGUUCAUCCUUCCAUCCGUCAUCUUCAGCAUGAACAUCCCCAGGGGCUUCGAAUUUGUUUCAUCGCAGUGGCUCGAUAUUUUGGUCUUAGGGGAUCGCCGUGGAUGGCAAAGAGUCGUCUUGUCGCUGCUCAUCACGUUUCCAGCACUGUUGUUUGUUGCUGCGGACACCAUUAUAUGGGUUAUGACCAGCAUGUGCAUGGCAGGCCCAAUGAUGGUUGUCGGGCUACAUGAAGCACUACUCGACUUCAAGAUAUUAAGGGCGUUGAAGAGGAAGGCCUAUAUUCCGGAGAGAGUUUUUGAUGGGCCAAGGGUGUCUGAGGAAAUCCCUCUAGACCCUAUGGGACAUAACCCAGUUAGAGAUAAUGUGGAAGGGACAGGUGGCUUAAGAGAUAAGGUCGAGCUGCUGGUGACCGUUCUUGCUGGAAAUCUUCGGCUCAAGACGCACAAGGACUGGCCUGACAACUUGGUGUUGAUUUCUAAUGCACUGCUGGCUACAGGGAGACGUCGGUCCAACGCUAUGGCAUCGCUUCCCGCCCGAACACCCCAGGACCUACUCGUAUCAGACAACGAGUACAUGCUAGCAGAGGACGAGAUAAACCAGCACUAUCCCAGCUUAUCCGAGCAGCUUAAGAGGCUCAUGACAGCUCAGUCUGCUUUCGGUGCCAUCGUCGGAGCAGCGGUGGUUUUCUACCUCGGCGCCUUUAUCUACACUAUCCUCGACCUACUAGGCGACAAGAGUAAUCGGGGUGCCGCCAUAUCCCUAGCCUUUGGUGUCGAAUGGAUGAUUAUCGUGCAUGUCGCAAUCGUCAACGGGUUCCUUCUUGCCAGCAACAACCCUAGUCCAGCCACUAUGCUCAUCGGGCGGCGUCUUUCGACUCUUAAGCCACAAAAACGAUUGUUAUUCCCUCCCAUUUACGACGGAAUACUCCAGCCGGUGUUCAUGUGGCGCCAGGGGGUUAAUAAAAUGCAGUGGCUUGAGACGUCGAGAGCGUGGCGGCGUGGAGACGAAGAGUUCAUGAAGGAUGUCCAAGUCAAGCUUUAUAUUUAA